GGACACUCGCGUCUAGGCGGCUCCUAACGAACACCGGGAGCGAUAAGGGAGACUCGUUAAACUUUUCAACGGAUAUAAACCAAAAGAGAUCUGUUUUGUGUGUUGAGCGGCUUUAUUGGACUUAUUUGAACUGGGGUCUGCCUAUUUUUCUGUAAGCAAGGGGACAUUUCGUCGGGUGGAAAAGAUUGUGUGGAGACUGGAGGAAAGUUUAAAUCCCUGUGCUGCACUGUCCGGGGAAAGGUGAGGCGCGUCUGACGUCAACUUUGGUGACUUUUCGGAUUGUUGGCGACUGAACAGGGUGGUUUUGGUUAAGACUAACUUCAAAACAUCGAAAGAGGAUUUUGUCAGCUUGAGGUGUUGUAUUUUACUAAUCCAGCGCUGAGCACAACAUAGCAGCAUGUCUGUCAAAUGUUGUGCUGUGUAACCAGUCCGUCCAGCUCAGCGGGGAGUUUCGACUACUGCUUGCCUGACUUCCAGGUAAACCGCCAGCAAGGUUUACCCCUUUUCCGAAACACCCCUGUUUGAAGCCAUUUCAUUAUAAUGGCUGGAUUAAGCAAUGUCCACAUGAAAACCCUGGAGGACCUGACGCUGGACUCUGGCUACGGGGCGGGGGACUCCUGCAAAUCCCUCAGCCUGUCCUCCUCUAAGUCCAACUCCCAGGCCUUCAUGACGGCCCCUCACCGGGGCAACUGGUGGUACUACUCCGGCUCCAUGAACAGCAGAAACAACAGCUGGGACACGGUCAACACAGUCCUCCCUGAGGACCCUGAAGACAUCUUCUCAAAGUGCCCCCGCUUACCUGAGCUAGAAGAGUUCCCCUGGACCGAAGAGGAGGUGGCCAAGAUACUGCGUAAAGUGGCCGAGAGUGGGAGCAUGAAAGGGGGGCUCGCACCUGUGUUCUCCACGGAGGCUGUGAGGCGGCUGUCCGCUCUCCUCCGCCGAGCUCUGAUCCGCAUCUCCAGAGAGGCUCAGCGGCUCAGCGUCAUGCACUGCCGCUGCACGCGCUUUGAGGUGCAGAGUGCCAUGAGGCUUGUGCUCAGCUGGGCUUUGGCCGACCACUGUGUCUCUGCGACGGUCAAGGCAAUAUCCAUGUACAGUAUGAGCGCAGGGGAGCUGCUGAGGAAGGGCAAGUCCGCCCGCUGCGGCUUGUCUUUCUCCGUGGGACGCUUCUUCCGCUGGAUGGUAGAUACCCGCAUCUCGGUGCGCAUCCACGAGUACGCAGCGAUAUGCAUGACCGCGUGCAUGGAGGCUCUGGUGGAGGAGAUAGGAGCCCGGGUGCUGAUGGCUGAAAGAGGUCAUACAGGGCCGGAUUCAGGGUCAGCAUGCGCCCUAGUGAGUGCAGAGGCCCUAGAGGGGCUGGUGAACAAUGAUGCGGAGCUGUGGGGAGUCCUGCAGCACUAUGAGCACCUGAUCUGCGGGAAGAACGCCAAUGGUGUUUUAUCUCUUCCGGCCCAUUUCAGUCCCUACACAGAAAACCAGCAGACGUCUGUGGACAGCAGGGAGGAUGCCUAUGCCCAGCUGGAGCUGAGGACACUGGAACAGUCCCUGUUGGCUACCUGUGUGGGCAGCAUUUCUGAACUCAGUGACUUGGUUUCUCGCGCCAUGCACCACAUGCAGCGCCUCAGCUCAGUGCGUCCAGGACUGAGCCCUGCACGCCACGCCCGUCCCCAGCAGCCCGUGUCCUGGUCGCCAGACGCCCUCCACACCCUGUACUACUUCCUGCGCUGCCCACAAAUGGAGUCCAUGGAGAAUCCCAACUUGGAUCCCCCACGCAUGGCACUUAGCAAAGAGAGGCCGUUCCUGUUGCUACCACCUCUGAUGGAGUGGAUGAGAGUGGCCAUAGUUCACGCUGAGCAUCGCAAGAGUCUGUUGGUGGACAGUGAUGAUGUCAGACAGACCGCCAGGCUGCUCCUUUCGGGACUUGACUGUGAACCAAGACAGCUGAAGCCUGAGUGUUGCUUUAGCUCCUUCAAGCGUCUGGACUCCAGAGCGGCCACGGACAAGUUCCAUCUCGACUUGGGUUUUCGGAUGCUCAAUUGUGGACGUACCGAUCUCAUUGGUCAAGCCAUCGGUCUGCUGGGGCCAGACGGGGUCAACAGCAUGGAUGACCAGGGUAUGACUCCUCUGAUGUAUGCCUGUGCAGCUGGAGAUGAGGCUUUAGUCCAGAUGUUGAUCGAUGCUGGGGCCAACCUUGAUGUGGCGGUUCCCCCUUGUUCCCCGAAGCACCCCUCUGUACAUCCUGACAGUCGACACUGGGCUGCUCUCACUUUUGCUGUGCUGCAUGGACACAUCUCUGUAGUGCAGCUCCUGUUGGAUGCAGGGGCCAACGUGGAGGGGGCAGCGGUCCGUAACGGGCAGGAGAGCACAGCAGACACUCCGUUGCAGCUGGCUUCGGCAGCAGGCAACUAUGAGAUGGUGAGUUUACUCCUGGCUCGAGGUGCAGACCCCUUAUCAAAGACCCACGAUGGAAAUGCCCUGACUUCAUCCCUCUAUGAAGACAUGAACUGCUUCAGUCAUGCAGCAGCACACGGACACAGAAACGUGCUGAGAAAGCUACUGACUCAGCCCCAGCAAGUCAAAGAGGAUGUCCUGUCUCUGGAGGAGAUCUUAGCUGAGGGGGUGGAGGGUGAGGAGGUCGGGAUAUGCCCUUUCCUCCCUCUCUCUCCUCUCCCCACUCCUUCCUCCGGACCAGGGGCUCAGCCUGAGGUAGCUAUAGCACGACUCUGCAAGGCUAGGAUGAAGGCUCUGCAAGAGGCUAGCUACUACAGUGCUGAGCACGGAUACCUGGAUGUCACCAUGGAGCUGAGAGCCUUAGGUGUCCCAUGGAAACUACACGUGUGGCUGGAAUCUCUGCGAUGUGCCCAGCUGCAGUCCAGGACAGGGGUAACACUCUCUCUCCUUAGAGAGUUCACCACCAUCAGAGAGGAGGACUACUGUGGGGAGCUUGUUACUGUAGGCCUGCCCCUGAUGUUCAACAUCUUACGGACUUCCAAGAACGAUGCCAUCAUUCAGCAGUUGGCGACUAUUUUUAGUCACUGCUUCGGCCCGGCACCUCUCCCAGCCGUCCCUGAUAAGAAGACAACUCUUUCAGCACAGUUGGACCCUCACUUCCUGAAUAACCAGGAAAUGUCAGAUGUGACGUUCGUGGUUGAGGGGAAACCAUUCUACGGUCACAGAGUCCUUCUGAUCACAGCUUCAGACAGAUUCAAGUCAUUGCUGGCGUCAUCUGGACCAGAUGGAGGCCCUAACAAGCAGAUCGAGAUCAGUGAUGUCAAGUACAGCAUUUUCCAGAUAAUGAUGUCAUACCUGUACUGUGGAGGAACAGAGUCCCUGAAAGUAAACGUGCCUGAGCUGCUGGAGUUAUUAUCUGCUGCCAGUCUGUUCCAGCUGGGGGUGCUACAAAGACACUGUGAACUCGUGUGCUCUCAGCUCAUCAACCAUGAAAAUGCAGUCAGCAUCUAUAAGACUGCCAAGGUCCAUGGUUCAGCAGAGUUGAGCUCGUUCUGUGAAGGUUACUUUUUACAGCAGAUGCCAGCUCUACUGGAGAGAGAGGCCUUCAGGACCCUGCUGUUAGGACCUCCUGCUGUCCGACAAGGAAACAACUCCACCUCUAGCCUGGUUCACAGUCGGGGAGACUCACCGAUGGAGGAGCUGGAGGCCACCCUGGCUCAACGACUACGCUCUCUGCACGUCACCUCCAGAGUCUGAGGACAAGAAGACAGCUGCUGAGGAUAAAAAACAGAAUUAAGCGCAACGUGGCAGUGGGAGCAGAAGUCUGCUUUUAUCACUGAUAUGGGAUAAUAUCUGAAAAGCUGCCUGUAUACUUUGAGUUCAGAUGUUUACCUACGUCUGGUGACAAGCAGCUUCCUCUAAACUUUGACACUGGGACAUUGGCCAGUGCUAUAUCUCAUUCUGUCAACAUGUCAGUGUUUCAUAUUUUGUGCCACAAAUGCCAACUUGCCAUUUUUUUUGCAGUGUACAGCACGUUUAUAAACUAGAGAAUUGGACAAUUUGAUGCUUUUUCUCCAAGGCUCAGGAAGCUGGAAGAAGAAGCAACAGUUGGAUCAACAGGUGAGAGCUCUGAGCUAUGAAACACUGCUGCCCUCUAGUGGACAGAACUGGCAAAUUGAAUAAGUGUCAUGGAGGAUUGGGAUCAACACACCCUCCUGUUUCUGACUGAAGCUAAGUGGAGCAAAAAAUAGACUGAUACAAACAGUAAAGAACCACGUGAGGGGGCCAUGCUGGACUUUUGGCCCUCUUCAGUUUAAUAAUGCAGAGUGGAAGGAGGAAAACUCUGUGCCUCCAGUAUUGAUGUAAGCUUUGGAUUAACAAGUAUACUUUUGAUGUAACUGUAUGUUUUUAUUUUCUAUUUUUAAAAAGUAUGACCGCAGAAGCAGAACACUUAGUGAAGAGUGGACAUUUUGGACAUUUUCUAUUUAAUGAGGAAAAAAGAUGUGAGAUUAUUUAUCGGGGUGUUCCCUUUCUAUUUUGUUUUUUAAUCCAAGCAAAUUAAUAAUAUUAUUGUUAAAAAAUUGCUUUUGCAUAGCUGUUUUUUUCCAGGUACAUUAACAGUUCAUGAAGCUUAUGUAUGCUGAGGUUCUAAUGCUUCUACAGAGGUACAGCAGCCAAACCAGACAUGGGAUUUUGGAUGACAUAAUGUCUGCUUUAAUGCUGAGUAUUGUAAUAAACCUGGUAAACAAGCUUU